AUGGCUCUUCCCCAUCAUCGGCCACAUGGGAAUCUGCACAUCAACAGGAGUCAUCCGGGACUUUGCGGGGCCGUACUUUGUCUCAGAAGACAACAUGGCAUUUGGGAAGCCGGUGAAGUACUGGAAGCUGGAUCCCAGCAAAGUGUACUCCACUGGUCCCAACGCCUGGGACACCGCCGUGCACGACGCCUCGGAGGAGUACAAGCACCGAAUGCACAACCUCUGCUGUGAUAACUGCCAUUCGCAUGUGGCGCUGGCCUUAAACCUGAUGAGGUACGACAACAGCACCUCCUGGAACAUGGUGAAGCUCUGCUUCUUCUCCCUCCUCUACGGGAAGUACGUAAGCAUAGGGGGAUUCGUGAAGACCUGGCUUCCCUUCGUCCUCUUCUUGGGGGUGAUCGUGACCGUUGUUCUGACGCUUCACUUGCGGUGAUGGCAGCUGGGAAUUCUCCAUUCCGUGGGCACACGAAGGAAGAAACUGUGACUGAUCCAGUGAGAUAGAGGCGUGGGACUCUGGGAACCGUUUUCCGGGGAAGGUGGCAACUCCACUCCAUUGUAACAGCUCAUCUUUAUUUCCUGGAACUGGCUUCUUUUCCUUCUGUUUUUGUUCUGUCGAUGCUGUCUCCCAGUGUCAGGGGUCCCGAAGCCUCCUGCUCUCUCCCUUUCUGCAG